AUGCGUCCACGUCGGGGCCUCCACCACGCCAUCUCGGCGUCGGCGGCGGCUCUCCUCCUUCUCCUCUUCUCCGCCUCCGUCCUCCUCUCGGCCGUCCCGACAGCAAGAGCCCAGCAGGAGACCGAGCACGAGGAGGAGUUCAGCUACUCGGUGGACGCGGAGAACGGGCCGGCGCACUGGGGCGAGAUCAGGGAGGAGUGGUCGGCGUGCGGCAGCGGGGAGAUGCAGUCACCCAUCGACCUCGCCGGCCCGCGCGUGUCCCUGGUGCGCCGCCUCGGCCACCUGAACCACUCCUACGCCCCCGCUAACGCAUCCAUCGUCAACCGCGGCCACGACAUCAUGGUGCGUUUCGAGGGCGACGCCGGGAGCGUGUCGAUCGACGGCACGGCGUACCACCUCCGGCAGCUGCACUGGCACGCGCCCACGGAGCACAGCGUCAACGGCCGCCGGUACGACAUGGAGCUGCACAUGGUGCACCAGAGCGCCCAGGGAAAAGCCGCCGUCAUCGGCGUCCUCUACGAGAUCGGUGCCCGUGACCCCUUCCUGCACAAGGCGCCUCUUGUUAUAAAGUUGCAAGAUGGCCGCAUGCAUCAUUUUGAUGCAGAGGCCGGGGCUGGAGCCAUAUCUGGAGAUGAUCGCGGAGCAGCGGGAGAGGGAGGAGAAGGUGGGGGUGGUGGACGCCCGGGCGCGAGGGGCAGGGCCAGCGUGUAUUACCGCUACGUGGGCUCCCUCACCACCCCGCCAUGCGCCCAAGGGGUCAUCUGGACCAUCGUCAAGCGGGACAUGGAGAAGAACGCGAGGCCGCGUCAGGAGGUGAACAACAGAGAUAUCAGCAUGUUCCGGCCUUAUCAGCCGAAUAAACAUUGA